AUGGCCAGCAAACGUGCACCGCCCCGCAAAGGUAAGACUAACUUUGCAAAACCUGCUCGUGGUUCGGGCCUCAACCCAUCUCAUGCUCCCGCGGACAGUCAAUUGAAUCUCGUCGAUGAGCAACCGCGCGAACCGAUGUCUUUUUUUAACCCUCACGCCUCAAAUCAGCCGCUGCCAUUCAAUCCUCACACUACCCACCAUCCGCACCAUCCACAGGACUCCGCGCACCAUCAGCACACAUCCGCUCCCCACCAGCGUGAGUCUACUUACGAUCAGCAUGAAGACUUCGCCCAGCAUCAGCAAGAAGAUCUCGCACAUCAUCAUCAGGAUUUCGCCCAGCAUCAGCAUCAAUCUCGCGCACUAUCAGCAUCAGGACUUCGCGCCUCCUCAGCAGGACUUGCGCCUCCUCAGCAGGACUUUGCGCCUCCUCAGCAGGACUUUGCGCCUCCUCAGCAGGACUUUGCGCCUCCUCAGCAGGACUUUGCGUAUCCUCAGCAGGACUUUGCGUAUCCUCAGCAGGACUUCGCGUAUCCUCAGCAGGACUUCGCGUCUGGCGCUGGAUCCUCGACCGGAUAUGUUGCUCCGUCAUUAGCGCCCAGUUGGGUCGGCGAUGAUGAGGAAUUUCAGACUCAUUCAGUCCUGCCACCGGAUCUCCACCACUUACGGCCAAUGUCGACAGGAGAGAUCCCCAACUCCCAUGUGAUACAUACUACAGGGCCUGCAAGGACAUCGAAAGCACGUCGUCGUGCAACUCGACGUCUGCCCCCCACACCACGCCUUGUCAUUCCUGUUGUGACGCCCACAACGAUGACGGGGACUGUCGCACCUCCAGAAUCCAUCGAAGGUUCCGCCGUUGACAUUAGUCCCGAGACGCGCAAACAAGCGAUCUCGGCCUCAAAGGAACGCGUAUUAUCCAUCGUCUUUUCCGACGACGCACUGGUAUCUCUCGCGGCUGACAAAAAGCGCAUCGUCAAAAAGGUCAUUUCCGAAGUAAGAUCUAGAAUACCAGCCCUUCUCGUUGCAACACAAUGGACGGCUAACGAAAAGGACGUCGCGAACGUUUGGUGCGCAGUGACGAAAUUUCGCACUGCAUUCGCAACGAUCAUCCGACAAGCUGUCGUGAUGGGAUAUUCCCUCUUCCCACCACAGGGCUGUACUAUCCCCCCAGAUACUUUUCGUGUCGAUCGGAUACGCUGCCUCGUCGUAGAUAACGACUUAGCGUUCAUGCAUCAAUACACUUUUGCAGACGGUGCGCUUGUCAUUCACUCGAAAUUCACCAACCCAUUCAUCCUUCAUGUCCUAACGAAACUCAUCUGGUGUUCGCCCUUCCGGCUCCACACUUUUCUCGACGAAUGCCCACGCCGUCAAAUACGUUAUGCUAUUGGCGCAGCCGGCGCCAUUACAGAGUCUGCAUUGAUGGAGCAGGGCUUGAUACAACUUACAAAGGGUAGGAUUACCCCCCAGAUGACGCAUUCGACAUUCACAAAGAUUGUUCUGGGCCUGGAUCAGCUAAGUGACGCUGAAAAGGUUAUUUUAGACGACUUCACAGACAGCAUCGUCGUUUGCGGGCGCUCGCAACAGCAAGCCAACGACGAACUAUCUGAUUUUGAUUUUGAAUAG